AUUGGUUCAUUGCUCUGGUUUCCAGGUGUCAUGGUAGGCUGCGUUACCACGUCAGUGAAGUUUACAGGGAAGGAUUGAGCCGGUUCCUUCCAGAGGGGCUGGUGCGGCAGUGCAGUUCCGGUGUGUGUUUUUCAUAUUAUUUUAUAUACCGCAAGGGGGGAUCUGCAAUCAUUCGGGGCUAACUGCAAUCAUUCGGAAUUUAGUCUGCUUGCAAAAGGAAUCGAAUGUGAAGCCGACGUCACCACCGCUGUUUAGGCCGCCAUUUUGGAACCUGGGGUCAGGGCCAGUGACAGGUCUGUGAAAAUGGUGGACAAGAAUAUCUAUAUAGUCCAGGGUGAAAUUAGCAUUGUUGUUGGUGCCAUAAAACGCAAUGCUCGAUGGAGCAUGCACACUCCUUUGGAUGAGGAACAGGAUCCUCUGCUACACAACUUUAGUCUUCUAAAGGAAGUUUUAAAUAAUAUUAAGGAUAAGAAAAUUCUUGUAUAUUCUCCAGGGACAGAGCUUUCUGAAAUUGAACCCAAUGUAUUUCUUCGUCCUUUCUUGGAAGUUAUCCGUUCUGAAGAUACUACAGGGCCUAUCACUGGACUUGCUCUGACAUCUGUAAAUAAGUUUCUUUCCAAUGCACUUAUAGAUCCAAGCCAUGAAGGCACAGCUGAAGGAAUUGAAAACAUGGCAGAUGCAGUUACACAUGCCAGGUUUGUUGGCACUGACCCAGCGAGUGAUGAGGUUGUCUUGAUGAAAAUUUUGCAGGUUUUGCGGACUUUGCUUCUCACCCCAGUUGGAGCUCAUUUAACAAAUGAAUCUGUUUGUGAAAUAAUGCAGUCUUGUUUUCGCAUAUGCUUCGAAAUGAGGCUGAGUGAGUUAUUGAGAAAAUCUGCAGAGCACACUCUUGUCGACAUGGUGCAGCUGCUCUUCUCAAGGUUACCGCAAUUUAAGGAAGAAGCAAAGAGUUACAUUGGAACUAACAUGAAAAAGUUGAAAAUGAGAGCUGGAGGAAUGAGCGACUCCUCCAAGUGGAAGAAGCAGAAGAAGUCUCCUAAGCAGCCACGUCAUGUCACCAAAGCAAUGGCAGCAACAGAACCCUCAUAUCAGCAACCUGUAGUUAAUGGCAACACAAUUACUACUAACCUAACUGAUGAAGUUCCUUAUUUUGAUGCUUCCUCUGCAGAUGCUAACUCUCCCACAUCAGGAGUGAGUUCAGAGGCCACGUCUGCUGUAGUUAGUCCUACCACAGAUAGUGGUGUAGAAGUGUUGUCUCAGGCAACAUCCAAAGAGGACCUUUCUGAACUGGACCAUACAAGUUCAUCUAACAUUCAGCAAGCAGGAGAUGUGUGCUUUUCUGAACAGCAAAACCAGGAAGAUGAUAAGAUUGGAGAACUGAUGGAAAGACAUACAUAUUCUGCUUCUGUGGAAUCCAUACCAGAAGUAUUAGAUGACAAUGUGUCAUUGGCUGACCAGUCAGACUCCGCUUCAGUCCAUGAUAUGGAUUAUGUAAAUCCCAGAGGGGUGCGAUUUACACAAUCUUCACAGAAGGAAGGAACAGUCUUAUUACCCUAUGGACUGCCAUGCCUUCGGGAAUUAUUUCGUUUUCUCAUUUCUUUAACCAACCCCCAUGAUCGACAUAACUCUGAAGUAAUGAUUCACAUGGGUUUACAGUUGAUCACAGUUGCUCUUGAGUCUGCACCUAUUCAAAAUUAUAUUUCGCUUUUAGGACUUGUAAAGGAUGAACUUUGCCGCAACUUGUUUCAGCUAUUGAGCAUUGAAAGAUUAAAUCUAUAUGCAGCUUCAUUGCGAGCGUGUUUUCUUUUGUUUGAGGGUAUGAGGGAACAUUUGAAGUUCCAGCUAGAGAUGUACAUAAAGAAGCUCAUGGACAUUAUUACCUUUGAGAACCCCAAGAUGCCUUUUGAGAUGAAGGAAAUGGCUCUUGAAGCAAUAGUGCAACUGUGGAGAAUCCCGAGUUUUGUUACGGAGUUAUACAUUAAUUAUGACUGUGAUUAUUAUUGCUCCAACCUUUUUGAAGACCUCACUAAACUGCUUUCUAAGAAUGCCUUUCCAGUUUCUGGACAGUUGUACACCACUAAUCUGCUUUCUCUGGAAGCUCUGCUAACUGUCAUUGAUAGCACAGAAUCACACUGCCAGGCUAAAAAUCUAAGCAGUGUGUCACAGGAUAAAAAAGAAACUGGAAAACUAAGUGGAGAUCCCUCAGAAGGAACCAAAGAUUCUGGGAAUAGCAAUGAACACUCCAUUGAUGUUAAUGCACUCACUGUAAAUCUAGAGAGCAAUGGAUUGAGGCCUCCCGCAAGUGGCCACUUAAUGGCAGAUAAAAUGAGUCUUGGGGGUGAAGAAACAGAGUACAGCAAUGAAGCAGCUGAGAAGAAGUCUUUAAAGAAGCCCCAGCGCUUCUCCUGCUUACUUCCUACUGUUCAAGAGCUGAAUGACAUCAAGACCAAAAAGAAGCUUCUUAUAACUGGAACUGAGCAGUUCAACCAGAAACCAAAGAAAGGAGUGCAGUUUCUUCAGGAAAAGGAUCUUUUGGCAACCCCCAUGGAUAAUUCAGAGGUAGCCCCGUGGCUCAGAGAAAAUCCACGGCUGGACAAGAAAAUGAUUGGAGAGUUUGUGAGUGAUCGCAAAAAUUUGGACUUGCUUGAAAGUUUUGUAGGAACCUUCCAGUUCCAAGGCCUGAGAGUUGAUGAAGCGUUAAGGCUUUAUCUCGAAGCUUUUCGUUUGCCUGGUGAGGCACCUUUGAUUCAGAGGUUACUGGAGGCUUUCACAGAGCACUGGCGAAAAUCCAAUGGAACUCCUUUUGAAAACAGUGAUGCCUGCUUUGCAUUGGCUUAUGCAGUUAUCAUGUUGAAUACAGACCAGCACAAUCACAAUGUCCGCAAGCAAAAUGUGCCAAUGACUUUAGAGGAAUUCAGGAAAAAUUUAAAAGGUGUUAAUGAUGGAAAAGAUUUUGACCAAGAUAUGCUGGAAGAUAUUUAUCAUGCAAUCAAAAAUGAAGAAAUUGUAAUGCCUGAAGAGCAGACUGGCUUAGUGAAAGAAAAUUAUAUGUGGAAUGUUUUGCUGCAUCGGGGAGCCACUCCAGAGGGAAUAUUUUUGCAUGUAGAUCCUGGAAGUUAUGAUCAUGACCUAUUUACAAUGACUUGGGGGCCAACUAUAGCUGCUUUGUCCUAUGUAUUUGAUAAGAGCAUGGAUGAAACCAUCAUUCAGAAAGCUAUAUCUGGUUUUAGGAAAUGUGCAAUGAUAUCUGCUCACUAUGGUCUCAGUGAUGUUUUUGACAAUCUCAUAAUCUCCUUGUGCAAGUUUACAACACUUAACAGUGAGGCUGUUGAAAAUCUUCCCACUGUUUUUGGAAGCAAUGUAAAAGCUCAGAUUGCUGCAAAGACUGUUUUUCACUUAUCCUACAGGCAUGGAGACAUCCUUAGAGAGGGCUGGAAAAACAUAAUGGACUCCAUGCUGCAGCUUUUCAGAGCUGAGCUUCUUCCCAAGGCCAUGGUAGAGGUUGAAGACUUUGUAGAUCCCAAUGGAAAAAUAUCUCUUCAACGUGAGGAAAUCCCUGCCAACCGUGGGGAAUCCACUGUGCUAAGUUUUGUCAGCUGGUUGACUCUCAGUGGAACAGAACAGUCAAGUUUAAGAGGACCUUCUACUGAAAAUCAAGAGGCCAAGAAACUAGCACUGGAAUGUAUAAAGUUAUGUGAUCCAGAGAAACUAAUCACAGAGAGCAAGUUCCUUCAACUGGAGUCUUUGCAAGAACUGAUGAAGGCUCUUAUAUCUGUGACGCCAGAUGAAGAAACAUAUGAUGAAGAAGAUGCUGCAUUCUGCCUUGAAAUGUUAAUACGAAUUGUUCUAGAAAACAGAGAUCGUGUUGGCUGUGUCUGGCAGGCUGUGCGAGAUCAUCUGUUCCGCCUGUGUGUCCAUGCUGUAGAGUUCUGCUUCCUGGUUGAAAGAGCAGUUGUAGGGCUGAUGCGCUUGGCAAUUCGUCUUUUACGCAGAGAGGAAAUCAGCAGCCAGGUUCUCCUCUCCUUGAGAAUUCUUUUAAUGAUGAAACCAAGUGUGUUGUCGAAAGUGAGUCGCCAGGUUGCUUUUGGUGUGCAUGAGCUUUUGAAAACCAAUGCUGCUAACAUCCACUCCAGAAAUGACUGGUACACACUUUUCUGCCUGUUGGAGUGCAUUGGGGCAGGAGUAAAGCCACCCCCUGCCUUACAGGUGACGACUAGAGCUGAUAAUGACACAGGUGCACAGUCUGAUAGUGAAGUUUCUUCAUAUCAUCCAAGUGAAGUUAGUCUUGAUCGUGGAUACACCUCAGACUCUGAGUUGUACGCAGAACACAGCAAACUGGCAAAAAUCCACCGCUCUGUGACUGAUGUGGAUAUGAUGAACAGUGGCUGGCUGGUGGUUGGAAAGGAAGAUGUUGACUCUUCUAAAGUUGCAGCAGUUAUUAACAAACCAACCUCUAAUGCCCUAGUAAACCAAUACAGCCUAACCAUUGGUUUGGAUUUUGGCCCACAUGAUACCAAAUCUCUCAUAAAGAGUGUAGAGUCCCUUUCUUUCAUUGUUCGAGAUGCUGCACAUGUCACACCAGAGAACUUUGAACUCUGUGUUAAAACAAUCCGUGUCUUUGUAGAGGCAAGUCUAAAUGGAGGUGUGUGGUACAAAUCUCAGGAGAAAAGGGUAAAAAACCACAAGUAUGAUAGUAAAUCCAACCGCUUCAAAAAGAAAAACAAGGAAAAAGAAAACUCCAUUCGCCGUACAAAGGCUUCUAAUCAGCGACAAUACCGUUCUCACAGUGAUGAUGAGGAGGAUGAAAGUGUACCAGCCAGCUAUCACACUGUGUCAUUACAGGUUAGUCAUGACCUUUUGGACUUAAUGCACACACUUCACACAAGAGCUGCCACCAUAUACAGUUCUUGGGCAGAGGAACAGCGCCACCUAGAGACAGCAACUGAGAAAAUUACAGCUGAUUCUAAGACACUGUGGUCAAAUUGUUGGUGUCCUUUAUUGCAAGGUAUUGCUUGGCUCUGCUGUGAUGCUCGACGCCAGGUCAGAAUGCAGGCUCUCACCUACCUGCAAAGAGCACUUUUAGUCCACGACUUACAGGUUCUUGAUGCACUAGAAUGGGAAUCAUGUUUCAAUAAGGUGCUGUUUCCAUUGCUGACCAAACUAUUGGAAAAUAUUAGCCCAGCUGAUGUGGGUGGAAUGGAGGAGACCCGGAUGAGAGGCUCCACUCUGCUCUCAAAGGUAUUUCUCCAGCAUCUGUUUCCGCUGCUUUCUUUGUCAACAUUUGCUGCCUUGUGGCUCACCAUUCUUGAUUUCAUGGACAAGUACAUGCAUGCUGGCUCCAGUGACUUACUGCCUGAGGCAAUUCCGGAGUCACUGAAAAACAUGCUCCUGGUAAUGGACACUGCUGGAAUAUUCCACUGUGCAGACUCACGGACUGGCUACUCUGAUUUAUGGGAGAUCACGUGGGAAAGGAUAGAUUGCUUUUUGCCUCGUCUGAGGGAGGAUCUUUUUAAACAAACUGUUAUACAAGAUCCACCCAAUGUAGUUGCAACAGAAACUCCUGUUGAGCCAAGGCCUCCCCCACAACCUGCACAAUCAGAGAGACCUGUGGAACAAGGACAUUGCGACUCUGAGGCUCGAAGUUUAGGAAUCCUGUCUGCACCAGUACUAGGAUCAAGUUCUUCCUGCACCCCAGUUAGAGUAAGCCCUGUGACAGACAUACCUCCACCUAUAACUCAGUCUCCAGUCAUCCUCCAUCCUCUGACGUCCCAUCUGCAGGUGGGAGUCCCACCAAUGUCGCUGCCAAUCAUCCUCAACCCUGCAUUAAUUGAAGCUACCUCUCCAGUUCCACUCUUAUCCACCCCCCGACCUGCUGAUGUAUCAGAGGUCAACUAACAUCUCACGGUGGACCUUUUUGAACUUGCAGUGCUGCUGCUUAACUGGCUACUGCUUUAUUUGACUAUUAGAAUUACUUAGAGAAAUAAACAGCCGCCAGGAGAAAAACAGAUGCCGGGAUAAUGUCGAGAAGAAGCAAGACUGUGUCUUGGUCCUCUUUUCUUUUGAAUCAUGGUGAAAUGUCGAAUACUAUCUUAACUCCAAACUUUUAGAUUUGUGUCUGAGUGAAUGCGAGAGCCAUUUCCUUUAGCUUGGAUGUGACAUUCCUUUGCUGAAUCUGCUCAGUAUGCCUUGGGCAAAAAAGAAAAAAAAAAGAGCUGUUCUUAUUGUCAUCCUUAAAGGAGAAGGAAAUUCCCUGGGCGCAAAAACCCUCCCCUGUGUUGCCUCCUCCC